UCCCGGCGCGACGCGGGCAGCCCGGGGCCUCGCUGCGGCGCGGCGCGGCGCGCUCCGGUGGCGGCGGGCGGCGCGAGGAACCGGAUGCCUCCGAAAGGGAAAGGCGGCGGCAAGGGGGGCAAGGGUGGCGACAGCGGCGAGAGCAAGGCCCAGGGCCCGAAGGGCGGCGGCAGCGCCGUGAAGGCUCGACACAUCCUGUGCGAAAAGCACAGCAAAGCCAUGGAGGCCAUGGAGAAGCUGAAGUCUGGGGUGCGCUUUGGUGAAGUAGCCACGCAGUACAGUGAGGAUAAAGCCAGACAAGGAGGGGACUUGGGCUGGAUGACCAGAGGUUCAAUGGUGGGACCUUUCCAGGAUGCAGCAUUUGCCUUGCCUGUGAGCAGUGUGGAUAAGCCAGUAUAUACAGACCCUCCUGUCAAAACAAAGUUUGGAUACCACAUUAUCAUGGUGGAAGGCAGGAAAUAAAAUAUGAAUUAUCAUUAAA